CCCGAAUGCGGAGCGCUCGGAGUCGCGGCUAGCGUCCUGUAAUCAGGGCAGCGCGUGCCGUACGGAUUAUCUCGUUAAUUUCUUUUUUUUUAAACUUUGUGAGAAAAAAAACUUGUGGGCAAUAAUAAUUAAUUCUCGGACAGGGUAAUUAUUAUUGAACGGAUGUGGAGCAACCGGUAGAUGGGUCUGGGUGAAAAAAAGUGACAGAUUGAGGCCGGUGGCCGUUACAUAUAAAAACGUAUGAAGUAUUGGGAUGCGUGCGUGCACGAGAGGAGGAGGGAACUCGCAGUUGCAACUUCGAUUCUACAGGUUUCGGCAGAAGAAUUGAGAAGAAUCCAACACUUGAGGACUAAACUAAAAAGGCCGCAGUACACAGUCAACGGUCUGAGUUUGUCUGCCUCCGGAAUGGACCUUCUCCAUCCGUCUAUCGGCUAUCCAGGCGCCCCUCGUAAACAGAGGCGCGAGAGGACGACCUUUACGCGCGCCCAGCUGGACAUUCUGGAGAACUUGUUCGCCAAGACCCGCUACCCAGACAUCUUUAUGCGCGAGGAGGUGGCCCUGAAGAUCAAUUUACCUGAGUCUCGUGUCCAGGUAUGGUUUAAAAACCGAAGGGCGAAGUGUCGCCAGCAGGCACAACAGUCCCAGAGCGGUGCGCAGAGCAAGACCAAACCGGUCAAAAAGAGAAGUUCCCCAAUGAGAGAAGCCAGCUCCGAGAGCGGUGCCAGCGGACAGUUCACACCGCCUCCCAGCACCUCAAUCCCGCUCGUAAGCAGCAGUACUGCCCCGGUGUCCAUCUGGAGCCCGGCCUCCAUCUCCCCGCUGUCUGACCCACUCUCUACCUCUUCCUCCUCUUGUAUGCAACGGUCCUACCCGAUGACCUACACCCAGGCGUCCGGAUACAGCCAAGGCUACACCGGAUCCUCAUCCUAUUUCAGCGGGAUGGAUUGCGGAUCUUACUUGGCGCCUAUGCACCACCAACUCUCCGCUGCGGGCUCCACCAUGAGCCCCAUGAGCAGCAACGGGGUCUCCAGCCACCUGAGCCCGCCUUCGUCCCUCUCCACGCCAGGGUAUGGGGCAGCGGGACUGAGCUUCAGUGGUCCCACAGACUGCCUGGAUUACAAGGACCAGGCCGCGGCCUGGAAACUCAACUUCAACACGGACUGUUUGGAUUACAAAGACCAGUCCUCGUGGAAAUUUCAGGUGUUGUGAGAAGAAUGAGUGAAUUACAUUACAUUUUCACAAUGCGGUGAAAUAAACGUUAGUCAAUCCGAUGGGAUUGAGUCGGCGAAAGGCAUGGUUUUCCAAUGGCUGGUCCUGGGCAUCAAACUAUUACCCCAAACAGCAGCAGUGUGAGUGGAGAGAAGCUGCCGCUUCGUCUCUCUGACAGCGUAACAACUGCUGAGUUAACUUAUUGAAAAUUCAGUGAACUCUCUUUAACUUUGAUCAAGGACAUGGAACAAAAGUGUUGCCCAAGAAGAAAAUGAUCAAGAGAAGCUGCAACCCUUGGCUAAGCGCGUGGAAUGGGUCAGCUUUCCAUAAGCUUCUUACGACUCCCCGAUCCUCUCCUCUUGGUUGGCAAACUAAAGGGGCCCUUUGAUCAAAGCAUUGUGUGCGUGUGUGCGUGCGUGUGCGCGCCUGUGAGGCGAACCUGGAUGCACUAUUUAAUUUAUGAAAAAUGUUUAUAAGACACUAGUUCCAACAGACAAUCAAACAGUAUGCGUGUGCUCAUAAAUGUCCCCUAAGUGUUUUGGCAUUUUCUAUUUGUGUUAGCUUUUUGAGACUGUGAUUCCUUGUACCCGUAUGCAAUUCCGAGUUUCGCAUCUGCGAUCACCCAGCUGUGAAUUGAAUAGUUUUUUAAAUGUUUAAGUAUGAUAAAUUAUUACGAUGAAAUAUUAGUUAAAAUAGGGAGUUUUCAAACAGUGUGAGUGGCCGAGUCAAUGAGCAGCAACGUUGCCUGAAACAUCAGUGUCCGUCAAUGACCAAAUACAGCUCAAUGUUGUUAUGCCAAACUGCUAUGAAAAGGCUAUACACAAAAAUAAAGAACGUUUGAACUGAU